UUUUCCUUCUCUGAAUUUUCCUUCCUGCCCUUAUUUUUUAUUUAAACUUUUCAUCCAUAUUUAAACUUUUUUGUAACUUGUAUAACUUUAACCCCGCCAUGUCUCUCAUCGACCUACCUCAUCUCAAGCUUAGCCAGCCCUUAUCCAAAACGCCUGGGAUAUUCCUUCUUGAACUAGCUCACUCUGAUGAAAAUCGGUUCACAAUAGAAUUCGUCCAAGAAAUAACCCACGCCCUCGACCGCAUCGACGAAAUCCUCGAUACACUCCCGCCAACCCAAGCCGAACUCGGCGGUGCUCUAAUAACCACAAGCAAAGGGAAAUUCUACAGUAACGGGUUAGCCAUAGAAGCAGCCAUACAUCAAGGAGAUGCAUUUUACUUACCAUAUAUGAGAAUGCUCGCUCGCAUAUUGACUUUUAGAGUGGCCACGGUGGCGGCUAUCAAUGGUCAUGCGUUUGCUGGUGGUUGCAUGUUUGCUUUGGCGCAUGACGUGCGCGUUAUGAGGUCUGAUAAGGGGUGGAUGGCUAUGAAUGAGAUUCAACUGGGGAUUCCACUGAUUCCUGGAAUGGCCGCUAUUGUUCGGUGCAAGAUUAAUAAGCCGGAUGUUUUGAGGAACUGCGUUAUUGCUGGAAAGAAGUUUACUGCACAGGAGGCUGUAGAUGCUGGGUUUGUUGAUAGGGCUGUGUCUGUAGAGGACCUGGACAGCGUGGCGUUGAAGUAUGCUGAGCAGAUGGCCCCGCUCGCAAAGGGCCUUACUGAGGUCAUGUAUUUAAUCAAGGCUGAGACUUAUCGGGAUACCGUCGAGUUACUUUUGAGCGGUGGAACCAACCCCGCUGGUUACAUUGGGGCUAGGAAACUACUUGCCAAGCUAUGAGAAAUUGGAUAUUUCGCAUUCUAUAAUUGUUUUUCUCAAAUAAAAUGACUUUU